UUAGCUAAGGUUAAAGUUAAGGUAUUUAGCUAAGGUUAUUAGCUAAGGUUAAAGUUAAGGUAUUUAGCUAAGGUUAUUAGCUAAGGUUAAAGUUAAGGUUAUUAGCUAAGGUAUUUAGCUAAGGUUAAAGUUAAGGUUAUUAGCUGAGGUUAUUAGCUAAGGUUAAAGUUAAGGUAUUGGGACACUAAAAGUCCAAGACGAUUACAAAACAUUAAAUAAAAUAGAAUAAAAGCAACAAUGAGAAAAUUAGGCAAUAAGCAGCGAUAACAUUCAUAAAACAAUAUUGAGUAUAAUUUUAAAGUAAAACCAAACAAUACUAUAUUAAAAUAAUAAUAAUAGUUUUCAGAUAAAAUGUUAUCUCAUUUGUUUAUAUUAUUCUAAACAACUGUGGAUCUUACAUGCUUACAUCUUUCUUGUGCUUUAGCUAUAAACACCUUUCCAUAUUCAUGAAUAAUCAAGUUUCAAACAGUAUUACCCAAACCUUUUACUGAUAUUGUUAAUUCAAGUGAAACUCGCAUUCAUUAUCAUUUUUAAUUUAAUUAUUGUCUUAUUGUUGUACACUAUUCUUUUUUUUAAAGACAAAUCAAUUUUAUUUUAAUAAAUACAUUCCAACUGAUGUUAAGUCAAUAUUGGAAAUUUCUCCCAAGUUCUGUACUCUCCUAUUUUUUCAACAAGAGAAAAAAAAAUGACGUGAAAAAAUACUGCUGUCUCAGUAGAGAUGUUGUCAUGUCACCUAUUAAAAUUCCUUGCGUAACCCUUCCCUUGCACUGAGUUUCCCCCAGAGAGUUUGGGGAGGGUAAGGUGCAAUGUUGUCUCUGUUGUGUGCUGAAGAGCUGUGUUUGUGCCUGUGUAUCUCUGUUGUGUGCUGAUGAGCUGUGUUUGUGCCUUUGUAUCUCUGUUGUGUGCUGAGGAGCUGUGUGUGUGUGUGUGUAUCUCCGCACAUAUUUUGAAGUUUCUCUGGUGAGUGAGCAGUGGAGUGUAACGGCUAGAGAUGGCGGUUCAGUGGCUCCUCGUCCGAGUCUGUGCCGUGGCCAUCCUGAUGCAGGUGGCUGCUUCUCAGGUCUAUGACACCAGCCUAAACCUCCACAGGUGGCAGGGGGAUCUUCUGGUGUUCAAGGGCUCCCAGAGAGCUGAGUCAAACACAUCACAGCUCACACCGAACACCACCGGCACACAGCUGUACAUCAAAGGGUUCAUAUCUCUAGGCCUGUCUAUCAUCGGCUUUGGCAGCUCGCUCGUUCCAAUCAAACGCACAGAGACAGGAGAUGGCUUGUUCUUCCAGUGGGUUUUCUGCUCUGCCAUGUGGCUUGAGUCUCUCCCAGUGCAUUUCAUUCAGGGCAGCCCACAAACAUGGCUUCUCAGCAUAGUGGCAGGAUGUCUCUUUGGCAUAGGCAACCUCACUACCAUAGCAAUUAUAAGGACCAUUGGACUGGGACUGGGAUUCCUGAUAUGGUCAACAUUUUGUCUCCUGAUGGGCUGGGCUAGUGGCAGAUUCGGUUGGUUUGGACUCGUUCCACAGGAUGUUGCAAGUCCUGUGUUGAAUUACAUCGGGACUGCUCUGGCAACAGUCAGUGUGCUGAUUGUGUUCUUCAUGAAAACGGAGGGAAGUACAGAGGAUGAGCAAGCAGAGGAUAUAGAGCCCCUCUUUCAGAAUGAGACUGACAAGAGUCAUGACAACAAGCUGGACAGCCUAGUGGACGAGUGCAUUCUGGUUAAGUCCAAAGAAGAGCCGUGGGAGGAUAAACUCAGUCCCCUUCAGAGAAAGAUCAUGGGCUGCUCUCUGGCUACAUUUGCUGGUGUGCUCUAUGGGUGUUGUUACACUCCAAUCAUCUAUGUGAAAAACAGCGCAGAGAGAAACAACACACAAUUCAGUGGGGCCAGUCAAUAUGAUCUGGAUUACAUUUUUCCAUUCAUGACCGGUGCUUUUGCCACAACAACUGUUGCAUUCUAUGUGUACUGUGCAGUCAUGAAGAACAGACCUCAUCUUCCUUCAAAAUGUGUUCUACCAGCUUUUGUCUCAGGAUCCUUGCAGUUUGGAAGCCAAGUUGCCUGGUUUUUAUCCUGUUAUUAUCUUGGAAGUGUUAUAACAUACGCCAUUGGGACAGCUGGACCUGCUCUAGUGUCUUUGGCAUGGAGUGUAUUCUGCUUCCGAGAGAUUAAGGGAAUCAAGAACUUUGUACUACUUGGUGUCGUUUUGGUCACUGUUCUUACUGGUAUUACAUUAAUCACAGUUUCAAAAAUAAAAUGAGCUUUGAUAAACAGAUGGAAAUCAUUUCCUAGUUGAAAUGUGAAUUUAAUGUUGUCUUAUGUUUUAUCCUGUAAUAAAAAAAAGUUUUUUGCGGUG